CUGCUUUGGUUUGUGAGUUGUUGUUGUUAGUGUUGUCCUGCGUCGUGGAUCACUCUUAAGCAUUUAAUUCGUUCGGAUCUUAAUUGCAUUUAGUUUGUAAUCAUUUUCUUCUACAUAUCAUGGCAGACAGAAACCGACGGAAAUCCUCUAUCCUGAAAAUCCCCAAAACUCGAGCACCACUCCAGGAUGUUAAUUCUCUAGAUGUCAAAUCUAGUUCUGAUGAUGAAAUUACUUCAUACACAGCACUUCGUCGUAGAGUGAGCUUUGCUGGAAAGAACUUCGUCAAGGAGUUUUGUUCUGAAGCAGAGAUUGCAUCUGUUUUUCAUGCUCCAGAGUAUGAACAACUUCUUGUGACGAGUGACAGCAGUAAUAACACACACUCUGACAUUGUUAGUGACAAUAAUAGCACUAUUCAAAACAGAACACAAGCCUCAGCUUACAGAUCUUUAAGCAUCCAGGAUGAUUAUGAUCCUUGUGAACAGAUUUUAAGGGAAUUUAAAGGGAAUAAUUCCACGCAACCUUCAACAGGACAAUCCAAGCCUGCCCAGAAAACACGAUUUAGUUUUGGAGAAAUAAGGGUGCCAACUGAUGAACCUGAGAAUGAAACUCCACCUGUUUCUUCAGUUGAAAGCAAGAAAGCUCCUGUUCAAUGUCUGAAAUUCCCAGAUCAAAAAAGUCAAGUAUCUAAGGAAAAUAACAAACUUUCACAAGUUAACCCUGAAGAGCAAAACCGACUUCCUGCUUUAUCACCUAGAGCUCAAUAUUUUACUAGCAGUAAUAUGUGUGGUGAUGCAGGAUUUAAUGUUGUCACGCCUGUUAUGACCUCUACAAUGGAAGUGUGUUCUGCCGAUGCAACACAAUUCCUUGACGAAUCCAUGGAUUUUACCAGAGCUUUACCUGGUAUUAUACAAACAAACACAUUUGCUCCAAAUUUAAAUGGAAGCAAACCAAUUGAACUGUGUAGAGAAUCACUGCAAAUUGACUCCUGCCAACAAGGAAGUGCUGAACCAUCAUCCAUGGAAUUAGGGAGAGCUUUUUCCACUGAGAUUCAAGAAAAGCUCUCCUCUCAGGAUGAAAAAAUGGUUGAGAGUGCAGCUCCCCAUUCUGAAAAAUUUAUAAUUGGUUCAACCAUGGGCUUAACAACAUCACUUCCCUCUGACGUUCGAGAAAACCCUGUUGGGUAUUAUGUCGAUCAAGAUAUUAUUGUGAGUGAAAGUGUUCCAUGCCAUUCUAAAACUCAACUUUUGUGCACCUCAAUGGAAUUUACUACAGCUUUACCUACAAACAUUCAAACUUGUCUUCUUCAAGAUGAUAAAUUUGAUGUAAGUAUUCAAAAUGAGGAAGAAAACUUCAGAUCUUCAAACAAAACAGUAGCCAUGUCUACAACCAUGGAACUUACAACAGCAUUGCCAUCAAACAUUAGGGAGAGCCUUAUAGACAAUCAUUCUGAAGAAGACCCCAGAGAGAAUGAGGACAUAAUGGAAUGUGAAAAUGUUCCAUCACAUUCCACUUCUGAAAGAAUGUGCACUUCAAUGGAAUUUACCACUGCUUUACCCAGCAACAUACAAACACACAUUCAAGGAAAUGAUAAAAUUGUUGUAAAUAUUGGAAAAGAAAAGGACAUCCACCAAAGUUUUAACAAAACAGUUCCGAUGUCUACUACUAUGGAGUUUACAACAGCAAUGCCAUCUAACAUUAAAGAUCUGCGUCUUCCAGAAGAUGACAUUCAGCACCAUUCUGAUAUGGGGGUGAUAGAAAGGGAACAAUGUGCACAUUCUAAAACUCAAAUGAUGUGUACCUCAAUGGAAUUUACAACAGCCUUACCAACCAAUAUACAAACUCCCCUUGAAGAAGAUGAUAGACAUGAUGAAGUAAACCACAAAUGUCAAAACAAGACAAAUGCCCUGUCUUCAACUAUGGAAUUUACAACAGUAAUGUCAUCUAACAUCAGAGAGAAUGUUAUGCACCAUUAUUCUGAAGACACCAAAGAGUACCCUGCCGGCCAUCAUUCUCAUGAAAACACUAUCGAGAGUGAUAAAGUUGCGUCCCAUUCUAAAACCCAAAUACUGGCCACCUCAAUGGAGUUUACAAUGGCAUUACCAAACAACAUACAAACACCCCCUGAAGAAAAAUAUGGAGAUGAUGAAGAAUGCCACAAAUGUCCAAACAAAACUAAUGUCCUGUCUACAACUAUGGAAUUUACUGCAGCAAUGCCAUCUUGCAUUACACAAAAUUUUGUUGAGGUAGGAAAUAUUGACAAAACUAAAUUUGGAAAUGAAAAGGGGAAUAGUAUCCCCUCAAGUAACUCCAAUGUUUCAACUACAUCUAUGGAGCAAGUCUGUAGUAGAAGAGAAUAUACAUCAACCCAAGUUGCUAGUGCUUUAUGUGCUGAGAUUCAACCCCAACUGAUUCCUAGUAAAAUUGGUUUUCAAUGUAAUGAAAAUGUGGAGCCUUGUCUUAACAUUGUUCAAGGUGACAAAGCUAUACCACUUCUCUCUGAUAGCACCUCUGUCUCUAUGAAGUCGCAGAGCUCUGUAACUAAUAAUUUCGCUGGUAAUCUGGAAAACUCUCGUCAUCUUAGUUCUAGAGGUCCUGAUGUGUGCCACAUUGAAACUGAAGCCAUGGACACAUCAGGGGUCUGUCUGAAAGAGAAUGUUCAAGAGAGCAAGUCAAGGACUGAUAAUCAAGCUAUCCACCUUAUGACAGAAUUUAUGGUUACACAGCCUAAUCAAGAAGAAAGCAGUAGAGUUUAUCUUCAUACUCCAGUUGUUCAGCAAGAAAAUAGUGCCAGUAAACAAAAAAUGUCUUUCAACGAGAUCACCAUAUCACAUCACUUGAAUGACAAUUCAGCGGAGUUACCCAAGCAGGCUGAAGAAAGCUUGGCUGCAGAUCAGAUUCGAAAGCCCAGUGCUCUCUUGAGUGGUUCGGGAGGAGGUCUUAAUUAUAUUCCAGACCCAUUUCAGUCAAGACCACAACUUUUGCCAUCACCAUCAAAGCAGGGUGGGAUUGAAUCCUUGCUGGUCCAAACAAGCCAGAGUCAAGCAGUAUUGACUGUUGGUGCACAGACUGCCCAACCAGCGGACAUCAGAAGAUUUGUUACCAAGAGUUCUUCAUUAAACAUGGCUGAUCACAAACAGAAUAAACUGACUAUGGAUGAUCAAGAGCAAGGCAAGCAAGAUCUAUUUCAAAGUGAUAGUGCCAAGCUUACUGUAGGUGUCUCUAAAGAGUCACCUCCCUUUGAUCCAUUUAAAUCCAGGCCCUGCCUGAAAUCCACGCCAAUAAAGGAAAAUGCUCAUAUAGGUCAAACCAUUUCAAAUUCUCAACCAAGCACUGUUGAGUCAUGUAUUAAUAGUGGUGUCAAAGUCUUGGAUAGUGUUCUUCCUAAAAAUAGAAAGAGUUUAGUUGAUGGUCCACUCUUAGACAUACUUGCUAGAGAUUGUGAUAUGUUCCAUGAUGGAUCAUUCUCGGAACUACUUGAAAUUUCAGAAACUGCUGUGGAUAAUAGUGUUGUUAUGGUUCAUUCGCAUCUCGAACGCGCUGAUGCAGUUAAAGACUUAGCUCCACAAAUUCAAUCUGAAUUCACAGAAAUCAGAGUACCUGAAAGCUUUUCUGAUCAAAUUGAUAUUGAUCGCACUGUGCCUGUUAAAUCAUCAACAACAAUUUCUGAAUGUGUCAAAGAAGAAAAUAAACAUCUCGAUGGUGACUGUGAAGUUGUAACACCACUUGAUACUAAUGAUUGUAGGCUAUCUAGGUCUUCAGGAUCCACUUUGGAAAGUGAGGGACAUAGCUCUGAAAAGUCAAUUCUUAUUCAAUCAUCUAAACGAAGUCGUGAUCCAAGCCAGGAGACAGAUGAAAUUUGUCUGAACAAGUCACUUGAUAGACAGUUAAGCAAACGCAUGCGAGACUCUAGCUGGGAGUCUCAAGUGGCAGGUCCAUCAAAAUCAACUCUCACACCAGACCUUCAAUCAAGAUUGUCUGAAUCUCUUAACAGGGAUAGCUGUAGCUCUGAUGUUAAUUGUAGCGAUGCAUCCUUAUCAACCCAUGUAGGUCUUAGCAUCAAUGAUAUCAUCUAUAAAAAUCAAAUAAAACAUCCACAGUGCUGGGACGCCAGAAAGAGUGAUGAUACUGAUUUGUGGACCUUCAAAUUCAAAUGUACAUGCCUAGAACUGAAAGUACAUUUGAAACCCUCUCGUCUUGUUGAUGGCAAUAUUGAAGCUAACUCAGGGUGUUUUGUUUUUAAUGACUCUGGCAAACCUGUGGGGCAGUGGGGCAUGAAAAUCCUUAAGGAUACCCUGUCAACAAAAAAAUGGACUUCACUUCUUCAUCAUUCUACCAAUUUUAUGGAUACAUUGCAGCAAAUUGUGAGGGAGGUCUGGCCUGUAAGAAAGUUCAUAAUUGAAACCAUAAUUCAAGAAAAAACCGAAAAUCUGAAAAUAUCAAAUAAUGGUCUGUACUUUGAUGUUGUCAGUUUCAAAUGUCACUUAUGGUUCCAAGUGCACCUGACAUUGGACUUCUGGGAAAAUUACACCCCUGACCAUAUAAGUGUAAAUAAUGUUAUAGGUAACACCAGGGAGUUAGAAGUUAAGAAUCUUAUUACUGGUGUAGAAAAGGAUGUACACUUUUUGCGCAAUUAUAUAAGAGACGUGAAAGAUUAUGUAAAAACUCUUGAGGAAUUCUGUAAAUAGGACUCCCUUCUAUUCAGUUUUAAUCAUGCCUAUUAUGUAUUUUGUCGGGUUCAUUUUAUUUCUUCAUUAUACUUCUCUCUCUACCUUUUCCUUGUAAAAUCUUUGUAAAUAUACUUUUUAUUAUACUGUUAGAAAUUUUGGAAGUCUAUCAUCCCUUUAACUUCUUAUUUGUAACUUGAACACUGUAGAAAUGCAGUGGCAACCUUGCAGCUUUGAUUGAAAAUAUCUUGAAUUUGAACUGUUGUUAUUAUUAUACUAAAGUAUAUUAAAUACUCUAUUAUCAUAACCACCAGGAGAUAUCAGAGGUAGGUUUGCUUGCAGUAUGUGUUAUCUAAAGUGUGUUUUUUUUAUCUAAACUUUUAUACUGAAAUUAAAUAUGAUUUCCUCUUGUAGUGAGGAUAUUAAGAAACUUUGCAACUCAAUUAUAGUUCUAUAUUUCAAAUUUUUGGAGGCAAUUACACCUGUUGACAUUGUUUACAUUGCUGUUGUACAAGUAAGGUAUGAAGUAUGUCUAGCCAAUGUUAUCCAAUAUCCAGUCAACAUAGUAGGAUACUCGAGUAUAUACUCCUGGAGAUGGUGUAAGUCCACAACGCUUAGAGCCAAAUGAUACAAUGCCGACAAUAAAAUACCUGUCAGUGCAAGGAAAAAACAUAUGUACUUGCAUUUAAAAAUUAUUAAAAGAAUGUUGUUAACGGUA